CUAGGGUAAACGUACCCCGUGAUACGUACUUCCGAAUCACGCCGACCGUACGCAGACACUAAACUGAACCCUAGCUGAACACCCCCCUUCCCACCAAAUAUACACACAUACCUCCGCCUGAUCCUCCUUGAAUCGUCAACCAAAAGAGAAAGUCGAACACAUACCUUUCACAAGUCCUACCACCACAGUCGCUACCGAACUUUGCUCGUGUUCUAUCCACACUCCCCGCAUAAUAAUCGCCGGCCCGCACCCGCAGAUAAGGACUACGAUCAUCAUACACCACCCAAAAUGGACACACUUCCUGAUACUUCGCAAUCCAACUCGUCCAGAUGCUCGACGCCUAGCACACCCGACACACCCGUCUCGCCCGCCUCCUCGACCACAAGUUCGUACUUUAGCUCGUCCUCGUCCGGCGAGCCACAGGUCCCGUUUCAAAUCAUCGUCACAUUCGACGGCAAGGUGCGCGAGAUGCUGCGGAUAGAGCGGGAGGAGAACUCGCCUAUCCAGGUACCGAGGCCACGAAAAGCACCUAGGCCGAGAUACUAUGCAAGGAACACAGACUAGAGAGAGAGAGGGUGGCGGUGGGGAUUAGCCAGGGAGGGCGGAACGGUUCGGAUGGGGCAAAAAAGAAAAAGGCGUUCGAUGAUUGGAAUGGAUUCACUAUGGCGUUAUGAAAAGGAAAGGGAUUUAUCGCUUGCGGUGGCUAUAAAGGAUAGUUGAAGCCAACAGGCCUGAAACACAUUAGCAGUUGUCAAGAAGAAUAUGGGGUAGGCUUCUGCUCGGUAUUCAUAAUUAUCAAAGAUUUUAUUUUUGCUUGGAAGCUAUAAACACUGCUUCGAUUACCUUGUCUUUUAAGAGUGCUGCAACUAUCAUGUUCUCUGC